AUGCCGGCCGAGCCCCUUCCGAAAUCGAAGGAGGAGCUGUUGGAAGAGGUGGACGUCCUGGCAGCUUCGCUGACAGACGGACUCGAGCCUGGCUUCAGUCGACCGUCGGGUCCACCUUCCGAGGUGACCAUCAUGCUGGAGCACAUCCCCAAAACGAAGGACGAGUUGCUUCAGGAGAUGGAUGUGCUGGCAGCUUCGCUGACGGCCGGCUUAGAUGCUUCGCCCGGUGAAGACCGGGCAGAGGGCGAUCUCGAAGCGGAGGCUUUGUUACCGGCAAGCACUUCGAGUCCACCUUCGGAGGCAACCAUUUUCCUCGAGCACGUUCCAAAGUCGCAGGACGAGCUGCAUGCUGAAAUGAAUGUGCUGGCUGCCUCGCUGACGGCGGGUCUGGCAGAUCUUCCUAGCAAGAGCCAGGUGGAGGACGAUGCCGCAGAGGUGGCCACCCUGGCCCCCGAGCAGGAGGAGAUGCAGGAAAUGCAGGCGCUUGUCGCCACCGAGCCUUCGCCUCCUGCAGAGGAGGCACGGGAUACCCCUCGGAGCGGAGCUUCAGGUCACACAUCGGCGGGGACUUCGGAACUGGACCUGGCCACGGAGCUGGUGCACGCCGCCUGCCAAGCUCAGGACACCCCGCAAGAAGCGCUGUCAGUGGUGGUGUCGCAGGCCACAGCCAUGGAUGCACCGGAGAUGGUUGUCUCCUUGCAGGAGAGCCCGGAAGUUCGACCACCGAGCGCAGGCCAGACUUCCGCAGGGACGCCAGAACUGGAGUUGGCCAAGGAGCUCGUGCACACAGCCUGCCAAGCGGGUGAUACUCCACAAGAGGCAUUGUCCGUGGUGGUAUCGCAGGCGACGGAAUCCGUGGAUGCCGCCCGGAUUCGUCCGGAGGAGGUCCUGGCUGCUCGGCCACUUGACGCAGGGACCUUCCCGGCAUCUUCAGUGGACGAGGCGACCAUCCCGGCCGAGCCCCUUCCGAAAUCGAAGGAGGAGCUGUUGGAAGAGGUGGACGUCCUGGCAGUUUCGCUGACAGACGGACUCGAGCCUGGCUUCAGUCGACCGUCGGGUCCACCUUCCGAGGUGACCAUCAUGCUGGAGCACAUCCCCAAAACGAAGGACGAGUUGCUUCAGGAGAUGGAUGUGCUGGCAGCUUCACUGACGGCUGGUUUAGAUGCUUCGCCCGGUGAAGACCGGGCAGAGGGCGAUCCCGAAGCGGAGGCCCCAGUUCCAGAACGUUCAUCGGGUCCACCUUCGGAGGCAACUGUUCUCCUGGAGCACAUCCCCAAGACAAAGGAGGAACUGCUUCAGGAGAUGGAUGUGCUGGCAGCUUCGCUGACGGCUGGCUUAGAUGCUUCGUCCGGUGAAGACCGGGCAGACGGCGAUCCCGAAGCGGAGGCCUUGUUACCGGCAAGCACUUCGAGUCCAGCUUCGGAGGCAACCAUUUUCCUCGAGCAGGUUCCAAAGUCGCAGGACGAGCUGCAUGCUGAGAUGAAUGUGCUGGCUGCCUCGCUGACGGCGGGUCUGGCAGAUCUUCCUAGCAAGAGCCACGUGGAGGACGAUGCCGCAGAGGUGGCCACGCUGGCCCCCGAGCAGGAGGAGAUGCAGGAAAUGCAUGCGCUUGUCGCCACCGAGCCUUCGCCUCCUGCAGAGGAGGCACGGGAUACCCCUCGGAGCGGAGCUUCAGGUCAGACGUCGGCGCGUACUUCGGAACUGGACCUGGCCACGGAGCUGGUGCAUGCUGCCUGCUAUGCUGGCGACAGUCCGCAGGAAGCAGUGUCCGUGGUGGUCUCCCAGGCCUCGGCAGCGGCGGAUGCGACGGAGAUGAUGGCCUCGUUGCAGGAGAAAUUGGAUGCUCGACGACCCAGCGCAGGUCAGAGUUCAACGGGGUCUGCGGAACUGGACUUGGCCAAGGAAGCAUUGUCGGUGGUGGUCUCGCAGGCCUCGGCAGCUGUUGAUGCGGCGGUGAUGGUGUCUGCCUUGAAGGAGAGACUCGGGGUUCGACCUCUCAGUGCCGGCACAGAGGGAAGCUUUCCAGCAUCUUCACUGGGCGAGGACCUGCAGGCCGCCGUGCCACUGCCAAUCACGUCUCAUCCGGCAUCGGAGGCUUCGGUGCUAGUUGAGCCUCCGAGAUCACAGGAGUUGUUGGCAAUGAUGGACAACCUUGCCCAGUCACUCAUGGACGGACUCCAAGUUGUCGAAGAUGUGAAGCAGGCGCAGCCCGGCAGCUCCGAGACGCAGCCCAGCGCAAAGGAUGUCGCCGAGCAGGAUCGACCUACUUCAGGAGGUUUCGACCGCAGCGUCGCCAGCGUCCUUGCUUCGGCGGCCUGUUCCGAAGCAGCAGAGGCGGUGAUGCAAGCUGCCUACGAAGAGGUCCUUCCGUGCCUCCAGCUCGAAGCCGACAGGAGGCCAUCUCGCAUGGAUGCGGUUGAGAGCGUUGGCUCCGGCUCUGAGGAAGCAGGAAAGCUGGGUGCGGCCGCCGCUGCGAAGCUUCUGCUGGAGGCGCAGCCCGGCAGCUCCGAGACGCAGCCCAGCGCAAAGGAUGUCGCCGAGCAGGAUCGACCUACUUCAGGAGGUUUCGACCGCGACGUCGCCAGCGUGCUUGCAUCGGCGGCCUGUUCCGAAGCAGCAGAGGCGGUGAUGCAAGCUGCUUACGAAGAGGUCCUUCCCUGCCACCAGCUCGAAGCCGACAGAAGGCCGUCUCGCUUGGAUGCCGUUGAGAGCAUUGGCUCCAUGGGCUCUGAGGAUUCGGCGCGAGUCGGUCAGGCCGCUGCCGCAAAGCUGCUGAGCGAGGUAGCGGAUGCAGCACCUUCUUCUGAGGUUCCCCCCGCCGCUCCCAAGCAGGUCAAGGAAGAUGUUGAUGCAGCCGCGAUGGUUCAGUCCUUGAAGGAGAGAUUGAAGAUGCGACCGCCCAGCGCAGGUCUCACGUCAGUCGGGACGGCAGAGCUGGAUCUCGCCGCGGAGCUCGUGCAUGCUGCUUGCACUGCUGCAGAAACUCCGCCAGAAGCAUCAUCUGUGGCGAUGUCCCAGGCCACGGCAGAUGAUGAUGCGACAGCUGCCCUUCAGUCAGUCCAGGAAGGGCUGCAAGGUCGGCCGCCCAGUGCAGGCACAAGGAGCUUCCCGGCAUCUUCACUCGUUGAGGCUGCCCUGCCAGUGCCGAGCACCACUGGUCCAGCCUCCGAGGAAAGGGUUCAACUGCGACCGCCUAGCGCAGGCACAGGAAGCCACCCGUUGUCUUCAAUGGGCGAGGCCGCAGACGCACAGGUGGUGGCUGAUGUUCUGGAGGCUGCCAUGCCACUCCCGAGUAUGACUGGUCCAGCCUCAGAGGCCACCAUCAUCAUUGAGCCGACGGCAGAUGCUGAUCAGUCAGUGCAGGAAAGGGUUCAACUGCGACCGCCUAGCGCAGGCACAGGAAGCCACCCGUUGUCUUCAAUGGGCGAGGCCGCAGACGCACAGGUGGUGGCUGAUGUUCUGGAGGCUGCCAUGCCACUCCCGAGUAUGACUGGUCCAGCCUCAGAGGUCGAGCAGGGCAGCUCCGAGACAGAGCCGAGAGGGGAGGAUGCAAGGCAUCGAGAUCGACCAGCCUCCCCAGGUCUCGAGCCCGGUGUUGUCAGCGUCAUUGCCUCGGCGACCUGCUCCGAGGCCGCAGAGGCCGCGGUGCGAGCCGCUUACGAAGAAGUACUGCGCCCUUCGCUCGAGCUGGAACCUGGCAGGAGGCCUUCUGGCUUCGGGCUUCCUGAAAGCAUUGCCUCUGUGGGCUCUGAGGAGGCCGCACGGUUGGGUGCGGCUGCUGCCGCCGACUUGCUCGACGAGGCCACCGACUUGGCACCUUCGGGGGCGGCAUCCGUGCGAACCGCUUCAAGCUGGGAGGAGCGGAUCACUACGGAGGCGACGGGAGACUUGCUCCCUGACACGCAUGAUCACGCAAGACUUGUGGAGUUCCUCCGGGACUUACAGCGCCGGCCUCUGGAAUGGCCAGAGGCGCAGUUCCACUUCACUGUCACCUCUGCCACCCAGGAGUCACGGCAUGUCGAGGCCCCCGAGCCCAAGGCCAAGCAUGCAGAGCCGGAGGAGGACUUCGCGGAGCCGGAGCUUGUCGAAUCGACCCGAAAGGCCCCCCAGAAGCCCAAGGCAGAGGCGGAGGAAGAAGAUGGAAGUUGUAGGACCAAGACAGCUGAACGUCAGGAAGAAAUGCGUCACGAGGCACAACCCGAGGUCGUCGAGGAGGAGGUUCCCAAACCUGAGAUGGCAGAGGAGCUCAUAAGAUCUGCAUGUCGCGCUGGUGAAGCUCUACAUGAAGCCUCCGUCGUGGUGUCGCAGGCCACCGGCGAUGCUGGUGUGGCCGCUAUGACACGCUCCUUACAGGACAAAUUGGAUGCUCCACCACAUAGCACUGGCCACACGUCCGCAGGGACGUCCGAGAUGGAUCUGGCCACGGAGCUCGUGCAUGCGGCGGCGUGCCAUGCUGGCCAGACCCCACAGGAGGCAUCCCUCCUGGUGAUGUCACAGGCCACAUCAGCGGUAGAUGUGGCCGUGAUUGGCUCCAUGCAGGACUUGCUGGAGUCUGCGGCAGAGGCCCAGGCACCUUUGAAUGUGCCCAAAACGAGAGAAGCGAUGGAGGAGGUGAUAAAGCAGGCUCCGUGUGUGGAAGAGGAUCUGGUAGAGCCAGAAGCAGAGGCUGCGGAGGCAAAAUCCGCUGCGGAGGUGGAGGAGGACAUUAGGGUCCUGGGAGAUGCUUUGGUGAAGCAUGCAGAGGCCAAAGCAGAGGCAGACUUGAAGGCCGCAGAGGAAGGUGCUAUCCAGGCCAUGCCCAGAGUGAGCUACUUGUGA